AUGGAGGAAACCCUUCAAGAGGUGGCCCUCUCAGGGCUUCCCAGGGCAGAGAAGAUUCAGGCGCUGAAUCUCCUCAUAAAGAUAAUCAACAACAUUCUGUUCCCGCCGCCUACGGCCUCUCCAGCGGAAGUCGAGAGAUUCAGGUGUAUCAACAGUAGCAGCACAGCGCUUCAGCAACGGCUGCUGCGCCACGGGCCGGUCUACGAGAACUUGCUCCUUUCCUUGGGCUUCUUCCGGACUUCGGAUCCCCCCGUCUCAUGUCCGCUGCCGCAGAGUCACCAGGAGUACUUUUUCCUGCCGACAACCGUCGAGCGCGCCCAACUGGAAGCCGAACUCGAGCUGAUUCGCGCGACGGUGGUGAGCCUCGAGGGCGCAGCGGCGGCAGGCGGCGAGGAGCUCGUCGCGGAGAGACUCCUCAGCGGCGGCGCGGAGAGCUCCUCGCCUGCGCGGCGUGUUGCAACGACGUCGCGUGCGAUUCGCGACUCCUCCGCCUCCGCACACGCGAAGACGCAGGAAGACCUCCGUCAGCUGCGGGAACAGCAGCGCGAGCGCUUCGCGCAGAGAGCGGAGACAGAUGCUAGCCGGGGGCUGGCGAAUUGGUUUUCGACUUCGCAGGAGCCUGCGGCGCCGGCCGCCGCCUCUGUCGCGUGUGAGCGCAGCGCGACGGCGCCGCCGCCUCCGCAGCCCCCGGCGGCCUCUGGAGGCGGGUCGCGGGGACGGGACUGCCGCUCGAACGCCGCAACGCGCUUCUUCAAAAACCUCUUUGGCGGGCGCCGCCGAAGCCAAGAGCGCGGAGAGGACAGAGACCAUGCCCCACGCGGAGGCGACGCGCGAGGGCCUCGCAUGAAGACGCUCAAAGACCUGCCGCCCGCCCCUCGCAGGCGAGGCUGA